AAGGAGGGCCAAAACAACCUUCCCAAUUCCUUACGGACCACGUUUCUAUCUCUCCAAACACCAGUAUUUAGGGGCUGCUGUUCCUCGUAAUGCUUUUAAUUUCUUUAUUAACAUCUCUUCCUCUAUCUGAUCACACCAAUUUAGUUCCAUCCAUGGCUUCUCUUAUCCUUUCCUCUAUCCUUCCCAUUUCCUUCUAGCUUUCCUUUCCUUUGCUUUCCUUUCCACUUUUUCUUCCAAUUCAAUAAAAAUCACAGCUUUCUAGUUAUUACCCAUUUGAGGUUGAGUAGUUUUAAGCUUUGGUGAUAGGUUUUAUGGGUGAGUAGUGUGGUUCAUAGCUUGUUUGAUCAAAUCCCAGUUUCUGAAUUUCAGAGGUUUUAGAUAAAAAAAAGAAUACAAAGUUUUGAAAUGAUGGAGAACAUUUCUAGGCAUGAAAAGGAGGAUGAGCAGAUGGAAUUGCCUCCCGGAUUUCGAUUCCAUCCGACCGAUGAAGAGCUGAUCACUCAUUAUCUAUCCAACAAGGUUGUUGACAGCAACUUCUCUGCCAAAGCAAUUGGAGAGGUUGACUUGAACAAGGUUGAGCCUUGGGAUUUACCAUGGAGAGCAAAGAUGGGUGAGAAGGAAUGGUAUUUCUUCUGUGUGAGAGACAGAAAAUACCCUACUGGUUUGAGGACAAAUAGGGCUACUGCAGCUGGCUACUGGAAAGCCACCGGAAAAGAUAAGGAGAUUUUCCGGGGGAAAUCGCUUGUUGGGAUGAAGAAAACCCUUGUUUUCUACAGAGGAAGAGCACCCAAAGGAGAGAAAACCAAUUGGGUCAUGCAUGAGUACAGACUGGAGGGUAGACUCUCUUUCCACAACCUCCCCAAAACUGCAAAGAAUGAGUGGGUGAUUUGUAGGGUUUUCCAAAAGAGUUCUUGUGGGAGGAAAAUCCAUAUCUCAGGACUAGUGAGAUUGAACUCUCCCGGGAACGAGUUGGGUUCUUCUGCUCUGCCUCCAUUAAUGGACACUCUGCCUUAUGGUGGUGGUGGCAGAACUAGAGCUGCUGAAUCCGAAUCCGUUCACGUGCCCUGCUUCUCCAAUUUCGUUGACAUUCACAAAAACGAGGAAGAGAGGAUUGAUUACAUCAACAAUCCUCUCUUUCCUUUCUCUCCGAAUCCAUUGGACAUUUUCCCAAGGAUUUCUCUUCCCAACUCCUUCUAUUCGGCUCAAACUCCUCCGGUUCAAGGGAAUUUCCCAUUCCCGGAUUCGCUUUCAAUGCAAAACCAAGCAAUGUUGAGGGGUUUGAUUGAGAAUUAUGGUCCAAACAUGGGACAGAGCUUCAAAACAGAGAAGGAGAUGGUUAGUGCCUCUCAAGAAACAGGCUUAAGCACUGAUGUGAACACUGAGAUCUCCUCAGUUUUAUCCAAUCUUGAAAUGGGAAAGAGGCCAUUUGAUGAUCCAGAGGCUCCAUCAACUUCUGUGGGACCCCUUGAGUUUGAUUAUCUAUGGAAUUAUUGAAAUCUAUAUGAUAAAAUUAAUAAGCAGCAUUAGAGAAGAAGAAGAAGAAGAACUUCAGUUACUGUUAUUCUCUGAAGAAAGUGAUUUAUGUGAGUUUGUGUAAAGAUAUUUUGGUAAUUGAAGAUAAAUUUUAUGUAUUACCUGAAUUCAUAUGGUAUUGUAUUGAUUUAUUCUUCUUCA